AAUUAUGUAUUAUCUAUGGUCAAAACGCUCGAUCGAAUGUUAGGAUUAUUGUGAGAAAUUUCAUAAAAGUUAAUAACACAAAAUAUAACUCUUUAUUUUAAUAAAAGAAAAUGUGAACAAAAGUUCAAUUGUUGCUAUGUUUUGUUAACAAAAUCAGUGUUAUGGAAAACCAUAACCAUGAAAUGUAUUACAGUGUUAGUUAUGUGCCUGUGUUUACAUGACAUUCAUUCAUCAAGUGAAGAGAAAACAGAAUCUAUCUCUCCUCUAAGACUUAAUAGUACAUCAGAAUGGAACAUCAAACUGGAUAUAUUCUUUUCUAAAUCUUUACCUCAGCAUGUAACGAGAUCUCCUGGUAGUGAUGUUCGUUUUAAAUGUGAAGCUUACAUAAACUUUACGAAAGUUGAAAAGUACACUAAAAAUGAACAAGGUAUAGAAACUUUACAUGCUGAGCUACCCCCGCAGCAUAUACAGCAAAGACUGUUGAACAAUGUAAAAGUAUAUUGGCUCAAAAACAAUAAAAGUAUUGAAAUUUCAAACAAAGUUAAUGUUACAACUAAAAUCAAUAAUAUAACGAUUUCCACAAAUUUAAAGAUCAGAAACAUAAGUAAUGGUGAUGCAGGUAACUACACAUGUGUUUACAAACAAAUGUAUGAAAAAAAGCAAACUUCCUUACUCAAAGUUGAAGAUAGUGUUGACAUACCUACCCAUGCACCAUAUUUCCCAAAUUCAAAUUUUGUAAAUGAAUUAAGAAUUACAACCCCGGAUGUGGUGUCAGAAAAUAUUAAAACUAUGAAUAUAAACGUUACUGAUUCUCCUAAUAUACCUCUUCAAAAACUUGAACCAAUUUGUCAAGAAUAUGUUGGGAAAGUUUGUGCAUUUCACUUAAGAGGCCAAUCUGUUUAUAUCCCAUAUGAUACCACACAGAUUGAAUUGGAAGAGAAGUUAAGAAAAGCAAUACAAGUUACAAGAUUUUCUAAUGAAAUAAGUUCACACUGUGAAAGAUAUGCAUUACCUAGUUUGUGCUACUCCACUUUUCCCAUAUGUAGAAAUCCUGUAGCUACAAAUGCUAAUUUCUUUAAAGAUGCAAGACAGGUAUUUCUCAUAUCAAAUAGAACCAACACUGCAGAUUUUCCUGAAGUUGUAUUUGAAAAUAUGCCUAAUGGAAAUGUACCUAAUACUUUUUACUUGAAACCAAACAAUAUAUCAAAUGAAAUGUUUAACUAUCGUCAUAAUACAACAAUACUGAGGAGAGUAUGUAAGAAAGAGUGUGAAAUUUUAGAAACAGAAUUAUGUCAGAAAGAAUAUGCCAUAGCGAAAAGGCAUCCCCAUAUUGGUCAGCAAUUAACUUUAGAAGAAUGUCAAGAUUUACCUGAAAAUGAUCCAGACUGUCUUAAAAUUGAAAUUGGAGCUUUAAUGAUUUCAGAUGAUGAGUGUUAUUGGGAAAACGGCAGUAGUUAUUUGGGCAAAGUUAAUGUUGCCAGUAAUGGGUUGGCUUGUAUUGAAUGGUCAAAGCAAAUGUAUGUUACAUUAUCAAAUUACCCUGUACUUGCUGGUAGACACAGCUACUGCCGUAACCCAGGAGGAGUCAAUGAACAGCCUUGGUGUGUGGUAGAUAAAGAUGGUAAACUAUAUAAACAAUUUUGUAACAUUCCCAAAUGUGCUCACAAACUUUGGAUAUACAUAGUUGUUAUCUUGGCAGUAUCGUUCAUAGUUAUUGUGGGAUUUGUUGUUUGUCUCAUUUGCAGACAUAAAAAAAAGAGUAAUGCUGCUGCAAUUAGAGACAUUAACUUACCUAAUGCUGAUAAGAAUAUCUAUGGAAAUUCUAGAUUGAAUUCUCCAAUAGAAAUGACAGACUUACUGCCAAACCAUAGUAAUCAGCCCCAUUUGACCAGGAGUACUCGUGGAAAUGGUGUACUCAGAAUACCUCAAUAUUCACUGUCGCAGAUCAAAUUCCUGGAAGAGUUAGGGGAGGGAGCUUUUGGAAAAGUUUACAAAGGAGCACUGAAAAAGAGUGGAGAUACACAGUUUAUAGCAGUCAAAGCACUCAAAGAAAAUGCUUCAGCUAAGACCAAGGCUGAUUUCAGAAGAGAAAUUGAUUUGAUUUCUGAACUUAACCAUGACAAUAUUGUGUGUAUUGUUGGUGUUGCUUUAAGUGAAGAACCACUUUGCAUGUUAUUUGAGUUCAUGGCUCGAGGAGACUUGCAUGAAUUUUUAAUGGGAAGAGCACCUCCAUCAGGAAAGGGUUUACCUCCCAUGAGACUGCUGAACAUUGCACAUAAUAUUGCAUCAGGCAUGCAGUAUUUGGCCUCACACCAUUAUGUACAUAGAGAUUUAGCUGCAAGAAAUUGUUUGGUUUCCGAUGAUUUUGUUGUGAAGAUAUCUGAUUUUGGCCUCUCUAGAGAUAUAUAUAGUUCAGAUUAUUACAGAGUACAAUCAAAAAGUUUAUUGCCCGUUAGAUGGAUGCCACCAGAAUCUAUACUUUAUGGAAAAUUCACUACUGAAAGUGAUAUAUGGUCAUAUGGGGUUGUCCUGUGGGAAAUUUACAGUUAUGGCCUCCAGCCUUAUUAUGGUUAUAGUAAUCAAGAAGUCAUAUCGAUGGUGCGGAGUGGUGAGUUUUUAGCAGCACCAUCAGCAUGUCCAUUGCCCAUGUAUGAACUCAUGAGGGACUGUUGGAAACACACACCACAUCGAAGGCCAUCAUUUGAAGAUAUAGUUAACAGAAUUCAAGAGUGGAUCCAGAUGGGGGGAUGUUCAGAUGUUGGACCAUCAGAAUCUAGCAGCAAUAUAAGCGCGUACAGAACGACUAGUACUAGCAGGGAUCUUCAGGAAAGAGUUCCACUGUUGCCCCCUCAUUGCUCUUCAUCUAAUGGCUCUCUUGCCACCGGGAGCUUAAAGAAAUUUAGUGUAGCUGGUUCAAGUUCGAAGGUAACUGAUGAUAAUUGCUCUACAUGUAGUGAAGUACCCCCAUUAGCUCCAAAAUCUAAAAAACACAGUGCAGCAUCGCUGAUAGACUCAGACAAAAUAGGCAACAUGAGUACAAGGGAGACAAUCAUUAGAAUACCUAAUGCACAGCACGGUAAUGAAAUUUAGAUAUUAAUUGCCUCAUGUUAAGGAUGUUUUUAAGCAAAUAAUUUGCUAGUUGCAUUCAAAACAAAAUGAUCAAAAUAUCUUAGGUAUUAAAGGUAUCAGGCCAAUUAUUAUUUUGUAAUCACAAGCAAUUUAUUGUUUAAGAACCAUAGUAUUAUUGCAGUAUGAACUAAUUUAUAAGACAAGCAUAUUUAUUUGAUAGAAUGGUAUGAAAAAUCAUUAAUUUGUUUAAUACAAGUGCUUGUGAAAGGGGAUUGCCCACUCUCCAUAGUGUGCUAGGCCCAAGAUGGACAUCAAAUAUUACUAUAAAAAUGUACUGAUUCAAAUUCUUAAAUGUAUUGGAUAUCUAAAAAAUAUAUUGAAAUUGACGCCACUAUUAUAAAAAAUAUAAUUAAAAUAAAAACUCGUUUUGAGGUUAAUUUUCUAUAUAAAUAAGUGUCGGAUUGUGAGAUACUUCAAGAACUUUUCUUUUCUUAAUGUUUAAGAUGUUCCUAAUUUAUUUUUAUCCAAUAGGGUAUAAAAACACACUUAAUUCUUUAAAUAUCUAUAUUUUCUUCAUCUUCAUACACAAUUAGUAUCAUCUAAAAAUAGCAAAGGAGAGCAUAUACACGGUUUUAAAUCUCGGUCAGGGUAAAACCACAAUUCACACAAUGUUUUUUAGUCGUAGUAUGAAACGUUAUUGAUAAAAGUAAAAUAAAUCGAAGAAAAAUCAAAACACAUCCAUUUUGUACGCAAGCACAACACCACAAGCAGCAAGCGAAGUGUCAGUCAGUCAGAUUAAAUUCAGUGUUGUCAGUAUAAAGAAAAAUAAUUACAUGAAAUUCAUAUAUCGAUUAUUUUUUUAAAUAACCGAUAAUUGAUUUAUAUCUUAAUCUUUUUUUUACGAGUACACAUUAUUUUUUAUGUUUUUGUUUUAGUUGUACAUAUUUAAAUAACAAUACUAGUAAAGUUUUUUUUAUUGCUUAGAUGGGUGGGCGAGCUCACAGCCACCCUGGUGUUGCUAAGUGGUUACUCGAGCCCACAUAUAUCUACAACGUAAAUGCGCCACCCACCUUGAGAUAUAAGUUCUAAGGUCUCAAGUAUAGUUACAAGUUAAAGUCCAAUGGGUAUGUCUUCGAUGUUAUUUUAUGUGCAUAAAAUCCAUUAAAAUCGUUUGAUUAAUGAUAAUACUUAAAAUGAUUUAUUUAUAUGUUUUAUGUAUAUACUCAAAAUAUUUACUUCAUACGUAAAAGGAUUUGAAGCUGGCAAUAUUUUUCCCCGCAAAAAUAAAAAUCCUUGUUUUUUCAAUAGAGUUACUUUUUUUAAACUACUUAUUGUAAACUAUAGUGGCGCUUAUUUGCAAGAAAGUAAAUGCAUAUUUAUUUAUGACAAAAUUAAUGCACUAAGUAUUUUUUCUAUAAUCUAUUGUCCGCUUUGGGCCGAAAAUGGGCCAUCCCCUUUUGGUUGUCUAUGUAUGUAAGUAAUUGAGUGAUUUAAUUUAUUCUGUAGUAAUAUAAAAUUAAGUAUUGUAUUUACUAAGACUGGAACUUUUAAGAUAUUAUUGAAGUAUAAGUACUUAAAACUGGUAGUUAAGUACCUUUUUACAUUCAAAUCAGGUAUCACUGCCAAAAUAAAGUAAUAUUUGACAGGUUAAAUAUUACUGGCCUAUGACGUCAAUAGACAUCGGUCCUCUCUUUCCGUCAAAGUAAGGAUCGUGUGCUUCUUGGGCGUUGAGAUUACAUUGUGUAUUAAGACAUUUUUUUGGCAUGUCUUAAGAAUAACAUUAGCAAGUACAUUAUGAAAUCAAGAAAAUGAUAAGUUUGAUCAAGAUUUGAUUAUGAAUUUCGUUAAUGAAUAUUUUCUUCGCUUGAGUGGCCGGCCGUACGGCCUACUCGGAAAGCGCAAAAAUAGGUUUUCUCAUUUAUGUAUUCAUAUAUUAUCUAUCUCCAUGGUUAAUCAGACUUUUAGAUACUACGUGAUUUGUUGGGUUUUCUUACAUUCAUUAAUACACGAUACAAAAGCACUUGUACUUAAUAAUUACAUUAUUUGCUCAACAAUGUUUAUUAUUCACUUGUUAAGUUUUCAGUUGUUAACCAAUAGCCAAUGAACACACUUAUUUCUAAUAUAUCAUGUAGUGAAAUGAUAUUUGUUUUGUUGCUUUAUUGAUUAAUUCCUUGAUUUUAUUUUUAUUUAUACUCUGAAUUGUAAAAGUCAACAUUUUUGACACCGAGACUGAAUAUUUUAAAAACACUCCCUAGCUAUUAAUUUGGUUUUUCUCCUUUAAUCAACGAAUUCUUAAAAACAAUGACUUUUUAUUAAGGCAUACCAUACAACUUCCAUACAGAAAUACAUUAUGUUCAUAGAAAUUUAAGAUAUUGCUGUCCAUUUGCUUGCCUGUAAUUAAGUGCUUAGUGGGAUAAGUUUAGUAUUUAAUUUAAUCAUAUGUUUUCAAUAAUCAUACUUCGUAUUUUUGUUAAAAUUGUUACAUAUCUUUAUUAAUUUAGUAUACAAUUAUUAUGUUUCAUAGUACGUUUUGUACUUUGCCAAAGACUUUUCUUUUUGUAUGUGAUAUAUACAUUUUUUACCUUAUACAUUAUGUACUGCUGUAAAUGUAAUAAAUAAUUUUGUCAAAAAAAGAA